CUCCGGAGAAAUUGUGACCUGCUGCACAACGCCGCUGCGUUUGUCCUGGGAAGUGAGCUGAGACGUGCAGCCAUUGCAUUCGAACUUGUCCAUUGGCACCCGCUCCUGGCGGACAUUGUACAGCGCACCGGUUCUCUGAGUCAAGAUGAGGCUGAGAAGAGAAUAAGGGAAGGUGUUCAACGAAUUCGACACGAAUUCUGGCGCCUUGUCGGCAUCAUAAGAGGCACGAGAGUGGUUGGCAACAACGGAGUUGCUGUAAGCGCCGCGCAGGACCUGACUUCCGAGCAGCUUCAACUUGGCCGACUCGGCGACGAGGUGCUCCAGCGCUUACGCUCCUUCCUCAAGAUCAGUGACGUGGUCGACACAAGAACGGAGAGCGGCGCCGAAGUGAUGACACCUGAAGAAAUUACCGCCGGCGUCGUAAAAGCAGCGACAUCCAUUCUUUCUGCGAGAAGUCAUUAGUAAUCUCACAAUCCAUUGCUCAACUACUGAAUGUGAAUGCUGUGCAGUAGCAAAGAAAGAGAAUUGCGUUCCCUAUGGAGUUCUUUCUUGUUUUUCUCCCUCCCACACUUCUGCUCGACUUUAAAUUGUGCGGUAAUUUAUCUCGGGACGUGCACGCCGAAAAAUUCAGCUGAUUUAAGUAAAAAAGUAUAGAAAAAAACGCUCUUUUAGGAAGCUGUAAGGAACGGAUCAAUCGCAUGACACACGUGUAAUCAGGCCCAUUGCGGUCAGGUGCAACAUGGACAUAUUGUAAAAUGGUAUUGACUGUAAUUUAACGUUUAUAUUAUAGUAACUGCUCGUUGUAGCAUUGUGUGGAAGAUUCCUUUAUCUCGUGACGCGGGAGGCAGCGUGAUAGCCAGCUGG